AUGAAGUGCAAAGAAAAUCAAACUGCAAUGGACAAUGAGCUUAAAGAUUUGUUUCCGGAUUUACCGAAUGGUCCACUGGAUGUGUACAGAAAGAAAGCAAGCUUCAAUUGGCGGCGUAUGAAACUUGUUUAUGAUAACUUGGACACGAUGAAAUUAAAAAAUGACAUUUGGAGCUUCAUGCGUGAUAACCCGUUGUUCAAGCACAGCGAUGAAACCUUGUCACUCGACGAGCAACGCCAUAUCACCACCAAACGGAUGUACGCGAUUUACGGACAGAACUUCAUACCGUUGGAGAAGAUCGGGCAGGAGCCGAGACUGUUCCAGGCGGAGACGGAGGCGCUGUUCAUGUUCGACAGCUCGUUGGCCGUCAAGAUAUCGCUGACCUUCCGAAUGUUCGCGAACGUGGUGCAGGGCAGCGGGCGCGGCCACCACUACCACUACGUGGAGGCCGCCCAGCGGGGCAGGAUAGGCGGCUGCUUCGCCCUGACCGAGGUGGCGCACGGCUCCAACGCCAAGGGCAUGAGGACCACCGCCACUUACUGCCCGGAGAGCAGGCGGUUCGUGCUGCACACACCAGACUUCGAGGCCGCCAAGUUCUGGGUUGGAUCUCUAGGCAAAUGCGCGACUCACGCGAUAGUUUACGCGAUGCUGAUAUCCAAGGGCAAGAAUCACGGGCUGCACACAUUUGUCGUGCCCAUCAGGGACCCCAAGACCCUGAAGCCAUAUCCAGGGGUGACGGUUGGCGACAUAGGUGAGAAGAUAGGCCUCAACGGUGUCGACAACGGAUUUGUUAUGUUCGAUAACUACCAACUGCCCAAGGACGCGGCGUUGGACCGCCUUGGUGGGGUUGAUGAGAAUGGCGACUACAAAUCUCCUUUCCGGGACCCGAAUAAGCGUUUUGGCGCCUCCCUCGGUAUUCUCUCAGGCGGGCGCGUCCACAUCACCUCCAUCUCCACCAACUACCUGCAGAAGGGCGUGGUGGUGGCCAUCCGCUACUCGGCGGUGCGGCGCCAGUUUGCAGCGCGCCCUGGCGGCCAGGAGUCGCCCGUGCUGGAGUACCAGCAGCAGCAAAUCCGCGUGCUUCCGUAUCUUGCUACGACAUUCGCAAUGAGAAUAUUCUGCAACUGGUUCGGAGCCACCCACGUGACGAUGGCAAUAGAAAACAUGAUGGGCGCCGACAAGGAGGCGGCGGCGGCGCGCGGCGUGGAGAUGCACGCGCUCUCGUGCGCGGCCAAGCCCGUGUGCGGGUGGGCGGCGCGCGACGGGCUGCAGCACUGCCGCGAGGCGUGCGGCGGCCACGGCUACCUCAGGGCGGCCGCUAUCGGCGAACUGAGGAACGACAACGACGCCAACUGCACGUACGAGGGAGAGAACAGCCUUCUGCUGCAGCAGGCCAGCAACUGGCUGCUGACGGUGUGGGCCCGACGGGACAGCCUCACACCCGAGGAUUCGCCGCUCGGAUCGCUGCGCUUCCUGCAGCGGGUGGACAGCCUCCUGGCCGAGACCUGCCCGCUGCAGACGGUCGAAGACUUCAUGGAGCCCGCGAAUCUAGUUCACAUCUACAAAUGGCUGACCGCGUACACGCUGAAAACCACCUACGAGAAGGUGGCAAAGCUGAAGAGUGAGGGCAGGGACGACUUGCAGGCGAAGAACGAAUCGCAGUCCUACAAUGCUGUCACGCUGUCUGUGGUCUACGGGGAGAACUUCAUCUUGAACCACUUCCACGAUACCGCGCUGGAGUUCCACGACGAGGAAUGCCGGAAGGUUCUGUUGAAGCUUGUCGCUUUGUACGGCGCCUUCUUGUUGGAGAAACAUCUGGCGACGCUGUACAUUGGCGGCCACCUGUGCGGGCCGCAGGGGCGGCUGGUGCGCGAGGCGGCGGUGGCGCUGAGCGGCGCGCUGGCGCCUGAGGCGGUGGCGCUGGCGGACGCGCUGGCGCCGCCCGACGCCUGCCUGCGCUCCGUGCUCGGCGCGGCCGACGGCCAGGUGUACAAGCACAUCCAGAACAGCGUGAUGACGUAUCCGGGCGCCAUGACGCGGCCGAAAUGGUGGCGAGACGUAGUCUAUUGGCAGAACUACGCCCAAUCCAAACUC